GUGGCAGACCCUGAGGAGGACAAGCUAGUACAACUCAUCGGCCUCCUGCGGCUCUUCAAGGAUGACGAGGUGGUGCAGAAGUACCAUAUGCAGCUGGACAAGCUGCGCAAGGCCAGGCGCGCUGGCCCCCUGUCGGUGGACAUGGUCACAGACGAGGAGCAGCUGGGGCUGGCCAAGCAGUGCGUGGCUCGGGCUACCACCAGGCUGGACGAUACCACGAAUACCUACACCAAUGCCAUCCAGACGCUCGCCAGGCAGGUGGUCCCUCAGCAGCAGGCAGCCGAGCCAACGGCGCCGAAGAUCUUCACUCCUUCGCCUCUCGACGUCCCUGACGUCAGGUUCGACGACGGGCUUUUCGGGUUCGAAACAUUGGAGGAGCUGGAGGUAUGCGGGUUCAAGGAGCCUGACAAAGAGGAGGCAACAAGCAGAAAGCAGGCACUCCAGCAGGAGUACAAGGAGCUUGCCACCACGGCGUUCGGCCAGUUUGCCACGGAGGCGCGGGAACUCCACCGCCAGCGGAAGGCGGUUGAGGAACGCCUCCAGAAGAAACGCAAGACCGUGCCGGGCGAAGCAGCACCGAGCGGGCAGCCUGGCCCCGCGGCAGUCCCAGCCGCGGCCGCUGGCUCGUUUGCACCAGCAUCUGCCGCGGCCACUGCGCGGGCCGCAAGUCAGCCUCUCGGGGGCGCUAUCGAUGUCCUGGCGGAUGCCAGGACGAGCCGGCGGCUGCUAAGGGUGCUGGGCGCGGCGUGGGGCAGCCUGGCCAGCAGCAGCUUUGACGUUCAUUCUGGCGACGGUCCGCUCAUUUUGACGGCCAUUCCGUUGAGUGCUGUAAAAGAGGACCCACUAUAUCCAGCCGUUCGUGGCGCUGAUGAUGGGCAGUGUGACGGGGCAGAGGUUGGCAACGCCUUCGGCGAGCUCGCGCCUCGGGCCGCGGGGGGCAGGCGAGGGGCGAGUUCAACUUCGUGUAUGGCUGUGGGCAGCUGA